AUGGCUGAGACCGAUGGGCCCGCGGUCCGGAAGGCCACCAAGCGGAAAGCCGCCAGCCCAAGGGCUUCCGAGGAGGCUACCAAGAAGGCAAAAGAGCAUGGCGAGGAGAUGGCCGCGCCCAAACUUGCCGCACCGCCCGUGGUCAGCACACGUAAACGUGGCAAGCAGCCGGACUCUGCGAGGAAGCCUCACGAUCCUCGCGAUUCGCCUCCGCAGAGAAGUGCCAGCAAGGAGCCCAUGAACUCUGCAAAGGAGCAAGAGGUGGAAGAUCUCACGACUCCUCCACCGCGGGCGAAGAGCACGGCCCCGGCCAGCGAAAAGAAGCCGAAGGCCACCAAGCGGCGCUUAAGCAGCCAAGAAGCAGUGCCUCCGCAGCUGGAGGAGGCGGUGAAGGAGACGGCAACGACCGUGGAGACCGCGGCAAUGACCGAGCUCUUGGGGAAGAACCAAUCAGGUGAAGCAGCGUCGGCCCAGCCCAAGCCCAAGCCCAAGCCAGCCAAGGACAUCACCGUCCAGCAGUUCAAACAGCUCCUGAGAGAUUUGCAGCCUGAUGUUUUCCGCCGGAAAUUGUGUCAAGUGGAGGUGGUCUUCGGGCAGACACGGCUGACCAAUGAUGAUGAGGAGCAACUGCUUAAAGUCAUGAAUCUUGAAGCUGGUGCAGAGGUGCAGGUCCUCUUCAGCGCCAUCAAACCGGUUCAAACUGAAAGGCGACAACAUCGUUUCAUGGAUCUGGUCUUUGUGAAGAUCCCCAGCUCCGUCGCUAGGAUCCAGGAUGAUGCCUUUGCUGAUUGCAGAAACUUGGUAAAAGUAGAUAUUCCCAACACAGUGACACACAUUGGAAGGAAUGCCUUCAUGAACUGCAGUUCGCUCGAGUUGUUGACUUUGCCUGAUUCAAUGAUUUGCAUUGGAGAUGGUGCCUUUGACCACUGUAGCUCAUUGGCAGAGUUGACGGUCCCUGGUGCUCUGACAGAGAUUGGGCGCUGUGCGUUUCAGAACUGCAUGGCUCUCACUGAAGUGAAAAUGGCUGAAGCAACAGUUCCGAACUCUGUAACAAACAUUGGCGCUUUCGCCUUCCGGAACUGCCGUUCAUUGAAGAAAUUGACCAUUUCCGACUCUGUGACUUCCAUAGGCGAUUGUGCCUUCCGGAGUUGCAGUGCGCUGACAGAAGUGAGGAUUCCCAGUUCUGUGUCUUUGAUAGGACAAAGUGCGUUUCGGGAUUGUGGUGAAUUGAGAGAAGUGAUACUUCCCACUUCGGCUUUAAUCGGAGCUUGUGCCUUCAAAGGCUGCCACUCCCUGCAAGAAACUGCACUUCCAGAUGUGAUGAGAAAGCUCAAGGAGGGCGCCUUCGUAGCCACAAAGAAAAUCCUUGUGGGGCAGCUCAAUGGAAGGGUGGAUGAAGUUGAAGUGCUGCCGGAUCCAAAGACAUCUCCGUCCACCAGUUCAAACAGCUGCUGA